AUGAUAAUGCCGACUUCAGCAUCAUCCUCCACGACAUCAAAAUCAACAACAACGGUAACAACUUCAACAGCGUCCUCUACGACAUCAGAAUCAACAACAACGGUAACAACUUCAACAGCGUCCUCUACGACAUCAGAAUCAACAACAUCAGUAACAACUUCAACAGCGUCCUCUACGACAUCAGAAUCAACAACAUCAGUAACAACUUCAACAGCGUCCUCUACGACAUCAGAAUCAACAACAUCAGUAACAACUUCAACAGCGUCUUCUACGACAUCAGAAUCAACAACAUCAGUAACAACUUCAACAGCGUCUUCUACGACAUCAGAAUCAACAACAUCAGUAACAACUUCAACAGCGUCCUCUACGACAUCAGAAUCAACAACAACUGCAACUACUGUAAAAAUGCCCUCUACGACAUCAACAACUCUAGCAACUUCAAAACGUGUCACUCUUAUUUCUACAGCACCAAAAACGAUGCUUACAGAACCUCCUUUAAGAGAUGUAUUAAUUUCAACGAUCUUGCCUUCUUUAACGGUAGCUCCAGUUCCUAAAUUAGAAGCACAAAAUUGGUGGUACUGGUGGUGUUGGUGGUAUCCAUCAAGUACUGCUUGUUUUUGGGGCGUGUGGAGUUUGAAUUACAUGUAUUCUUGGAAGUGUAAGACUUUGUAUCGAAUAGUACAAUUUGCUUGUGCUGUACUUCAUGCAAUUUGCUCUUCAAAUUCUUUUCAAACAUCCCAAAAACUUGCGAUUUUCAUCAGUGGGGACGAAGAAGACAACUUCAUUGCUGCUGCUUGGUGGUAUACAUUACGUUUACGUUUCUCGACAAUUUUAUUCGCUGCUACUUCCAUACUUAUUUUAUUCCUUUUCUUCCUGAAUAUCAGAAAAAAUCAUCGUCAAAGUUGCAAAAUUUCCAGCAUUUCAUAUGAUCUAUUGAUUGUGGGGCGGAAGGAAGGAAUGUUUUAUUCGUGA